AUCCAAGCUUUCCCGGCCCGAACAUCCGAGGAUUCGCCGGUUCCCAGAAAUCAGCGGUCCACAAUUCUAGAGAUCCAAAAUUUCUAGAAUUUGAUUGAAAAUUCUGGAGCAUUUUGAAACAUUCAAAGAUCCAGGAAAUCAAGUCUUCCGGAAAGAAUGUGGCAAAUUAAUUCAACACAAAUUCUGUAUCCUUUAAAAAAUCGCGAAACUUCGUAAUCGCUGGUCGAUGUCGGUGGAAAUUGAAGUAUCGACUCACGAGAGCGACAGAUUGGAAGCUCCUGCCGACGUCAGGACGCUCGAUAACCACGAGAGAUUCGUACAAUGGCCAGCGAAAAGAUAUCAGGACGAUACAGAACAUCAUUACCGGUUCCGGGCCGUUCCGAAGUAAAUCUCUGCUCGGUGCUGACAUUGGGCAAGGACCUCAGCAAGAUCACCAUGCCGGUCAUCUUUAAUGAACCUCUCUCCUUUUUGCAACGCGUGGCGGAAUAUAUGGAAUAUGCCAAAUUACUCAAGCAAGCAGCCCAGGAAGAAUCACCCAUCUUGAGGCUCCAGUAUGUCGCAGCUUUUGCUGUGAGUGCUCUCGCCUCGAACUGGGAACGCCUCGGAAAACCCUUUAAUCCAAUUUUAGGUGAAACGUACGAGUUAGAACGUGAGGAUUUCCGUAUCAUAUGCGAGCAAGUCUCGCAUCAUCCUCCGGUGUCUGCGUUUUAUGCUGAUAGCGAGGACUUUGUCUUUCACGGCAGUAUCCAUCCCAAACUGAAAUUCUGGGGGAAAUCAAUAGAGGUGCACCCGAAAGGGAUUGUCACGGUUGAACUGCCCAAGUGGAAGGAAGCUUAUACCUGGCAAAACGUCAAUUGUAUUCUUCACAAUGUGUUGGUGGGCCAAUUAUGGAUGGAGCAAUUAGGUGCUUUGGAGAUUAAGCAAUACGGAGGAGACAAUCUCAGGGCUAAACUGUCCUUUAAAAGCGGCACUUGGAACGGCAAGGAUUUACAUCGCGUCGAGGGUUUCAUAACGGAUCAAGAUAAGAGAAGAUUACUCUUUCUUUACGGGAAAUGGACCGAGAGAUUACGAUCAUGCGAUCCCUCAUUCUACGAGGAAGCGUUGGAAAAGGCCAAAUUGGAAGCCAAGAGUCCGGCAAAAGAGCAAGGCAGUCCAGGACAUAAAAAGGUCUUGGCAAAACUCUCAAGUCUCAAAGUCGGGGCUUUCAAGCCUCUGCAUCAGGAUGCGAUAGACGAAUCGUCAAGUAUGGAUGGCGAGGACACGCCGGUGAUGGAUGAAAUUCCGGGAUCUACUACACUUUGGGAAGUCACACCAAGACCUAGUAAUAGUUCCAACAAUUUCCAGUUUACUACGUUUGCAAUGUCGCUGAAUGAGCUGGAGGCUGAAAUGGGAAACACACUGUGUCCAACCGACUCCAGAUUGAGGCCGGAUAUCCGUAAACUGGAAAUGGGUGAUCAGGAUGGGGCUGCAUCUGAGAAAGCCAGGCUCGAAGAAAAGCAGAGGGACUCCCGUAAGGCUCGCAAACAUAAGAAAGGAUCAGAAUAUGUGCCCAGGUGGUUCCAAUCUGGUACGAAUCCUUACUCAGGCCAGGAAGACUGGAUAUACCGGGGCGAAUAUUGGGACCGUAAUUACACCGAUAUCGAGGACAUAUUUUAAUGAAAACGGAGCUCGUUAGCUUCCAUUACACAUUCCGACGCCUGCGUGGAUCUGUAAUCGAGCGUCAUUAGUGCAAAGUUAUAAAUAAAUUGCCUAAGAGGACAAGUGCGUAGAUCGAUAAUAGACGCCUUAGCAGGUCAAUGUCUCUGUGUAAAAUAAUUAAAAGUGAUUCGCGCGCGACAAGCGUCCUCGGGCACGGAAUUGAAAUUUGACGAGUCCUUGGGGAUUUCUUCCCACGUUUUUCCAUGUGGAAAGAGAGCGAGAAACAGACGCACAAUCAAACAUUAUGUAUUUCCGAUUGUGUGUUUGGCUUGUCUGCUCUAAUAGAAUUCCGACACUAUUUUUAUAAAAGAUAUAAGUCGGACAAGCAGAAGGGCUAUUCUUUCGUAGCAUCCCCGCUUGAAAAAGCCGAUAAAAGAAGACAGAAACUGAUCUGAGAUCUACAACAGGAUGUCCCUGAAAUAUGGUAUUUUGACUUAUUUCAGAGACAAUCUGCACAACCUCUUGACAAGCCAUCGUUCCAAUCAGUUUCUCAAUUAAAUAAUGAAAUAUUUAUCUAAAGUUACAUGCUUUCCGAUGUAAAUUAUCGAUUUGUCAAUUCAAACAACAAAUUUCGGAUGUUAGUAUCAGAAUACAUCUUAGUUCUAUCUGAAAUAUUCUUGUAUAUUUAUAUAAGUAAUAUGUAAUGGAUAUAUAAAAAAAAACAUGGUAUUUUGUAGUUUAAAGAUGCAAUCAGAAGUUAGAAAUGAAUCAUUUCUUAUCAAUGAUCAUCUUGUAUGUGUGUUAAUCCAAAGACAGACAUAGGAAAAAAUACCAAAAUAUUUGCUUUCUCUGUUAAGAAAUUACAAAUAUAAAGAACACAUGAUUUGAUCGUGUGUGAAUUUAUUUUCUGUGAUUCUAUCGGACUCUUUGAGCAGGGAUCUCGCAGAUUUCCAUGUAAAUAUACAGCGGCUGUAUAAUACACCUGUCAAAGUCAUACAACUUUUCGAGUGAGCUUCGUAUUGAUCAAGUAAUAAUUAAUCCUACAGUAGCACACAUUUUGUUCCAAUAUUAGAUUCGGCACAUAUGAGUCAUUUGUGUCCUUGCACGACUUUAACUGUUUGUCAUUCAACAAGUAACUUUACUGCCUUAGUGGAUAUUAGGAUCAAUAUUUAUAUAUUUCUCUUUCCACUUUACAACCUUUUUUAGGAUUGAUAGUAAAUUACACGAAUCCGUGAAAAAUAAUUAAAAUUGAAUACAAAUGACUCGCGUGUGUCACUGUAGAAUUAAUUCGCUACAGAUUUUAAAUUUACGUUUACCUUAGGC